AUGAUUUUUCGUCCUAGACAAGUGUUUCUUUUUUGCCUUUUGGCAAUAACUUCUAAAUCUGGCGGGAGGACCCAAAACUCCAGUCCCAAACCAGGCGAUAAGCUGAACCCUCAAGCAGGACAAAACUUUGUUGUAAACAACAAUUGCGGCCUGGCUAAAACCGAGCGUGAAAUGAUGGCGCACAUCAAAGCAAAAGUUGAUUACAUUGCGGCUCAAUCAAGCAAAGGUAAUGAAUUGCUUUAUUAGCUUUUUUCCAUUUUCUCCUCAACAACUGUCGUUGUAGACGGGGUGAAAAUUCUACUCAACGUUUUGUCGAUUCUUGACUCGGCUUGUGAAAUGUUUACAUUUCAGUAUCGCCAUGUCCUACCGGAUGGGUUCUUUAUGGAAAGUCCUGUUACCUCGUCAUAGAUGUGCCAACGCUAGAGUGGGAUGACGCACGAAGAAACUGCCUGAAGCUGGGAGGAGACUUGGUUAAAAUCACCACAGCCGCCGAAAAUCAGUUUAUCCUUAAUCUUAUUCUCAAGCAGCAAAAAGUCAUGCAAAAUGGCGCCUGGCUUGGUCUCCGCCGCAAAGCAGACACAAAGUUCUAUUGGACAGACGACACUCUGCUAAGCGGCUAUGGUGCAUGGAACACUGGUGAACCGAACAGUCCAUCAACAGAAAAGUGUGGCCACAUGAUCGCUUCAGGUUCCGCAAAAGGAAAGUGGAAUGACUGGCUUUGUAAACUGAGUAAGGCACACAUAAACAUUGCUCCAGUCGUUCUCUGCGAAAGAAAAUCUAAUUAGGUUUUCAGACUUUUCACUUCAGCAAGUCUCCAGCUUUGUAGGCCAGGUUCUGUGUUAGUCAAGUGAAUUACAAACUAAGCAAAAAGUGAGAGGGUAAUUCUUGUACUUCACUUGUAAAGGGUUAAUAAAACUGGAAAUGCGUUAAAACGUAUGUGCUAACUUUUUUUUAUUCAUUUCAAAAUGAGGGAUGAAAAGAGAAUUUAGAGCGAUAACUGAAAGAACAUCCUAACCGCAUCUGACUCAAUUCCUGAAAGCUUCGUUAUUCAGCUCAGCAGUGGUUUACCAAAGCGGACCACCAGCUGUAAUUUUCUGGGGAUCAUAAAAACGUAUCCGCUUCUGAGUAAGCAAUCUACAGUUAUUUCUUUCGGUGUUAUCAAAAAAAAGGGUCGUAUCUAUAGCCACCAGAGCAACUUCCAGAUUACUGGCAACUUAAAAAAACUUUCAUUUUGUCGCUUGUAAUACACACUUUUUAAAGAUGCCUUGCAAAGCAGUGAAACUAAGCUACGAUCAGGUUUCGCCAGAGAAGGGUAGCAAGUUAUCGCACCCAUAGACAAAUUUUUGUAUGUUUCCGUGACUUGAUCUAAAACUGUCUACUUGAACACCUUUAACCAUUGAUAUUGAUUUAUGAAAACACCUCUCUAAGACGUCAUUUGUUCAGUUUACUUGCUAUUAAUCCGCAGUCGCCUAGUCUUUCAGUUGUUUGAGCAAGCAUACUUGAACAAACUAGUAUGGGAAUUGGGUUAAAGAUCAAUUCGCCACUUUAAAAACGAGAAGAGAACUGGAGCCGAAAUUAGAGAGCUUUAGAUUUGAGGUCGAGAACGAGGACGAGGACGAGAUUUAACUUAAAGUUUUAGUGCGUGUUCUUAAAAAAAGUACACCCUGGAAAGCUUCAAUUUACCUUUUUUCACCAAAAAGGUUAAUACGUAAAUACGGUUAUUUACACUUAAGGAGGUUAAGCCCUCUCCCGAUAGCAGAAUGAUAAAACUUCUUACUUUUGAUAACUUGUUCCUAGCCUGCGUAGCAGGCGUCGAAAGGGGUAGGGGAUAUAGGGAGGAAGAGAAAAGGGAAGGGGAUUGGGGAGAGUUUCCCUUUUCACUUUCGCGCUUUUCUCCCUCCCCCACUCCCUCCCCUUUUUGCGCCUGCCACGCAGGCUAACUUGUUCCCGCCACUACGACACUCUUGCUAAAACUCGUAGUAGAAUGACGAUGGCUAUCACGUUUUCCCGCCAAAAUGAUGCUGGUACACGCAUGAACAAUAGUUAGUAUUGAGAAAAUCUCGUACUUGUAGUCGUUCUCGUCCCAGAAUCUAAGGGUACCUAUUGUUUCUGGGAUCGUUAUUGUGGACGCGCCAGUCCGCUAUAGGCUCUUUGCAUGACCUUAUCACGUAAUCAACUUUCGGUAAACACGUAAACGGUUCACUAUUGAAUGAAUUUUGUUAGCACAAGCUGAAAGAGCAUAUUAAAAUUAAGUAACCUGAGAGUUUUCAGCUGUGUAUCUCAAACGUAGCGAGUGUAACGGCCGCCGAAAGAUAGAAGCAUUUGUUUGAGAAAAACAACUUUUGCCAUCCAGUCACGCUUGCAUGGUUUUCCAUACAAAUCCUUGUAAAUUCUAAAAUUUUUAAACUGUCGUUAAAUAUUUUCCUUACGCAUUUAAGGGCUCAAAUUGCCUCUUAUGAAUUAAGAAGAGACUUGAGCCCUGUUAUGCUUGAGGAAUAUUUCAUGAAAGUUUUGAAAAUUGCAAAUAGUGCACGGACCACUGGUGAACCAAACAGUCCAUCAAUAGAAAAGUGUGCCAACAUCUACGCUACAGGCUCCGGAAAAGGAAAGUGAAAUGAGGUACUAUGUAAAUGGGAUAAGUCAUGGAUUACACAUGCUCCAGUCAUUCUAUGCCAAAGAAAAUCGAAGUUUUCAGGCUUUUCACUUCACCAAGUUUCCAGUAUUGUAGGCCAGUUACUGAGUUAGGCAAGCGACUUGCACACUUAGGAAAAAGUAAGAGGGUAAUUCUUGUACUGCACUUAUAAAAGGUUAAUAAAACUGGACAUGCGAAAAAACGUUUGGGCGAACUUCUCUAUUAGUCAUUUCAAAAUGAGGGAUGAACUGAAAAGAGAAUUUAGGGUAAUAACUGAAAGAGAAUUCUAUAACUGCAUCUGACUCAAUUCCUGAAAGCGUCGUUAUUCAGCCGUCAGCAGUGGUUACCAAAGCGGAUCACCAGGUGUACUUUUCAUUGAGCCGGCGAAGCGGGGAGGGGAAGGGGGGAGACGAGGCCUGGGACCGAGAAACGAUGUUCUCGCAACUUGCAAAGUGGUCACGUUGCGUGAUGGUUAGCAGCUAUCUGCGGUCUUUUUCACAAAUUAAUUAUUUCAGAGGCGAGAAGCGAACCAGCAAAGGAAAUGAUUCACUAAAAGAAAAAAAAAUAUCAUGCCUCUUAGCUUUGUUUUCCUCGCAUAUCGUAUUUGUCCUUUGGUACUGAAAUUGCAAAACGCAAGCGACACUCACUGCAACCGUGUAAAGAAUAAAACAACAACAAGCGCUGGACUAUCGAUCGAGAUUAUAGGUGGUCUUUUAUUUUUGCCGGGCCAUGAGAAUAUUAUAGAAGUUAUGAUGCUGAUAGGAAUUACUGGAGAAAGUGUCAAAUUCAGCUUUAUAAAUAUGAGCUUACAUACCUUAAACAGAUUCACUCUUCAUAACAGUGAUGACAUUUCACUUCGUUUAUUUCGAUCAGUCAACACCUAGCCUAUGUACAGACCUCCCCCCACCUCCCUUAAGGAAAAAUCGAUUUUUCCUGGGGGGAGGGGGGUCUUUACACAUUAACUUCCGCUUCAGUGGCGUAAAUAGAACUAGAAAAUGUUCUUGUUCUAUAUAAUCAUCGUUACUAUUAUGACAAGUGAAUUUACUCAUCCCCAAGUUAUAGAAUAUAUAUCUUCACGCAAUAAUCACAAUUCACAAUUUACCUAUCCUUGAUCGUCUUUCGAGGUUUUGGAAGAUAACAUGAUUUUUUGUCCUAGACAAGUGUUUCUUUUUUGCCUUUUGGCAAUAACUUCUAAAUCUGGCGGGAGGACCCAAAACUCCAGUCCCAAACCAGUCGAUAAGCUGAACCCUCAAGCAGGACAAAACUUUGUUGUAAACAACAAUUGCGGCCUGGCUAAAACCGAGCGUGAAAUGAUGGCGCACAUCAAAGCAAAAGUUGAUUACAUUGCGGCUCAAUCAAGCAAAGGUAAUGAAUUGCUUUAUUAGCUUUUUUCCAUUUUCUCCUCAACAACUGUCGUUGUAGACGGGGUGAAAAUUCUACUCAACGUUUUGUCGAUUCUUGACUCGGCUUGUGAAAUGUUCAUAUUUCAGUAUCGCCAUGUCCUACCGGAUGGGUUCUUUAUGGAAAGUCCUGUUACCUCGUCAUAGAUGUGCCAACGUUAGAGUGGGAUGACGCACGAAGAAACUGCCUGAAGCUGGGAGGAGACUUGGUUAAAAUCACCACAGCUGCCGAAAAUCAGUUCAUUUUCAAUCUAAUUCUUAAGCAAGUAAAGGUAACGGUUUAUGGCGCAUGGCUGGGACUUCACCGCAAAGCAGACACAAAGUUCUACUGGACAGACGACACUCUGUUGAGCGGCUAUAGUGCGUGGGGCAUUGGUCAACCAGACCAACCAUCAACCGAAAAGUGUGGCCACAUAAUUACUUCAGGCUCCAUAAGAGGGAAAUGGAAUGACUGGCCGUGUAAAGUGGCUAAGUCAGUCAUAACAGAUGCUCCAGUGAUUCUAUGCCAAAGAAAAUCUAACUAG